CCUGCAUACGCUUUUACCGAAGCUCAGUAUUCGAAAUAUACGUGAUAAGUGUAUUCUGACACAUGCCCUUUAAUACGAAUUUGUCAGACAAUAAUAUAAAAGGUAACACGGGCCCGUUUGAACACCAUAUCACAACGAACUUCAGAAACAUUAACAAUGAUGCUAAAGCUAUUAUUGUUGGUGUGUGUGGCCGUAGCUGUCCAGGCAGGAUGGCUUAUUGCACCUGCCACUUACUAUGGCUCCUAUGCCUAUGGUGGCUGGAAUCCAUUCAGCUCAUAUCUAGCUCAACCGGCUAUUGCUACACAACAUUCUAAUAUACUAAGAUCACCAUUUAAUUUGGGUCAGGUUUCUACCUACUCUAAGGCCGUAGAUACUCCAUUUUCGAGUGUGCGCAAAGCGGAUGUACGUAUAAGCAAUCCCGGAAUCGCAAUCGCUCCAACUUACCAUGGCAUAGCUUCACCUCUAGUGUCCCAUGUUGGCGCACCUCUACCUGUUCCUAGAGUGGCAACCGGUCUUUUAGGCGUGGCAUUCUCUGCUGCACCUGCGGUAUCACACAUGACCUAUACUUAUGGACUUGGCCUGGCCUAUGGAUGGUAAUUAUGGG